AUGGGAAGGUUUCGGAGAGUGGCGGAGGCGUUUGAUCAUGUGGUUGCCAAAGUUAGGGAUUGCGACAGCAGCGGCAGCGAGCACUCGCCGGAGACAAUGAAGGAUUUGUCUGAUUUGGUAAAUUCAUAUAUUGAGAACGGCGAUGGCGUAGUAGACAAAGAUUUUGAUACGAAAAUCAACGAUGAAUGUAAUUCUGAUGAGAUUGAUGAUGAUACGGAGGAAGCUAAGGAAUCACUGGAGACAUUGUUUCGAACUCAAAAGGGUGAUCCUGUGAAGAAAGAUCUUCUUUUUGAAGUUGAAAAAGCAUGGCGGCGCGUGAUGGAAGUUAACUCAUCGCUACCGGUGCUAGGAUCUAAACGGCUGUUAAUGGCUCGUCUCCGUGAUCAGGGUCUUGACGCCGGUCUUUGCAAAUCCAAGUGGGAAAAGAAAGGCCGGCUUAUCUCCGGUGAAUACCAAUACGUCGACGUUAAUGUCGCCGGAACUCGUUACAUAGUCACCAUAUCUCUCUCAGAAGAAUUCGAGACAGCCCGGCCUACUGAUAACUACAAUUCGUUGCUCGAGAUUCUCCCUCAAAUUUCAGUUUGCAAAGUGGAGGAGAUGAAAGAGGUGGUGAGAAUAAUGUGCAGAGCUGUUAAGAAGACGAUGAACCAAAGAAAAAUGGCGGUGCCACCAUGGAAGCGACGGGAGUACGUCCAAGCUAAAUGGUUUGGUACUUACAAACGAACUACCAAUGAGUUCUCUACUAAAAACACGUCAGAUUUGAAUGUAAAUGAGAAUAAAAUCGAAGGGUUUAUAUGGACGCCUGAAACUUGCUGUCGUGGACGCACACACGAUUUUGUUAGGAAUGGAUUUGGCUCGAAAAUGGGCAGUUUGACCAUGAUAAUGGACGGAGCAUGA